CGAUAGCGUCAUCGACUUUUUGACAGCCUAUUGUCGUCGCUGAAAAAGAAUUUCAGAAGAAUUAUUUGUAAAUUUCCAUAGAAAAUCGCGGGAAUAUUUACGUCCAGAUAUCGCCUAAAUGUUUGAAAACACGUAGCGAGUGUUUAUCUGAAUAGGAUAGUUGAAACUGGAUAGAUUAGUCCAGCAUGGCAGCCAACAACAAUAGCAAUAUGCACAACCUGGUCGCGGGAACGGGAGCGGGGGCCAUGCCGUCUUCGGUGAUUGCGUCGACGGGAACGCCCGGCAUGGGCUCCUCGCCGUUGCCCUUGGCCACCACAUCCGCCUCUUCCUCAUCCGCCAGCGCCGCUGCGCAGAGUGCCUGGGAUCAGCUGACAGCGAGUGCCUCCAAUAACAUAGCCCCCUCGCCAACAGCCGGAGCGCCUACGGUCACCGGACCGAUAAUCGGAGAUUCGUUGCAGGGCAGCGGAGCGGGCAGCUCGCCGGUGCCCAGUUGCUCGUCUCCAUCGACGCCGACGAAAACACAUGCUCCCUCGCCGUUGGAGAGUAUGGCACACACGCCCCAAGGGCCCCCAACACUGGGACCCGGCGGCUACGGCGAAGAGCUUACCGCCGAGCUGGUAAACCAGGGCUGGCGUAAGUUUUGGUCGAAACGGGAGAACAGGCCGUACUACUGGAACAAGGUGACCGGCGAGUCGCUGUGGGAGAUGCCCGGCAACCGGCCGUUCGAUCCGCUCACCGAUCCGCUGGGCAUCUGUCAUGCCGGCGGGGCCACGCCCAUGACCCCAAACAUGCAUCAGCAACACCAGCAGCAGCAACAGCAGCAUCAUCAUCAUCACCACCAUCACCUGAAGCGCCGGCCCUCAGACGAUAUGCACAUCCAUCCCAAUCAGCAGCACCAUGUGGGCGGUGGGCCGCCGAUGAAGAAAUUCGUACUGGCCGGACCCUGGGAUCUGGAAGUGUGUACCAACGCCGUGAUCGUAGAACGUCCGCCCACCCUGCUGCCGCAGCCACACCCGGAGGUGGAGGCUCUUAGGGCGGCUUUUAGCAUGAAGUUACUAAAGACCUACGAGGAUCUGUGCAUGCGGCGAGAGAAUAUAAAGGCGCCGCGUGACUCAUUCAACCGCUGGCUGAUGGAACGCAAGGUUAUAGAUACCGGCUGCGAUCCUCUACUGCCCAGCAGCUGUCUGCCCGAGAUCUCCAGCUCCAUGUACCGUGAGAUCAUGUCCGAUAUACCCAUCAAGAUUGUGAAGCCCAAGUUUACGGGGGAUGCAAGAAAGCAGCUCUCUCGUUACGCCGAGGCAGCUAAGCAGAUUAUCGAAUCCCGUUCGGCGCCGGCAGAAUCAAAAAAGGUGGUCAAAUGGAAUGUGGAGGAUACGUUCCAGUGGCUAAGACGUACCGUGGGAGCCAGCUACGAGGAUUUCCAAGAUCGACUGGCUCAUUUAAAGCGCCAAUGUGAGCCACAUUUGGUGGAAACGGUGAAGAGUUCCGUGGAGACACUGUGCGUCAAGAUCUAUCAUCUAUCGGCGGAUCACGCUAGAAAGAUCAGGGAGAGGCAUCUGCAAUUGCUCAAGGAGCACGGAAUACCGGAACCAACGCCUCCGCCGCCACCGCCGCACUUGAAGAAGGUGUGGUGCUAUCCCAUACAGUUUGCCGUCCCAUCGCCACGCAUGCCGGCGAUCGAGUAUCUGCAGGAUCGCGACCACAUGAUCAUCAAGUAUACGCCCGCCACGAUUAACCAGCCGGAUGCGCAGUACAUCAACCUGACCUAUCUGCAGAAGCUGGAGCAACUCUACCGGCACAACUGUUUCGAUGACAAGAAGUUCGAUUUGUUCAUCGGUCGGGUGUGGUGCCUGCUCAAGCGGUAUCAGACCUUCCUGGGCAAUGCCCUGAACUCCUCCCAGGAGGCGGAGCUCACACAGGCGGCCCUGCCAGUUCCCGUUUUUGAGUGCCUGCAUCGGCACUUUGGCGUCAGCUUCGAGUGUUUUGCUUCGCCAUUUAAUUCCUAUUUCCGCCAAUACUGUUCGGCGUUUGCCGAUACGGAUGCCUACUUCGGUUCCAGGGGGCCCUUCCUUGACUUUAAGCCCGUUUCCGGGUCCUUCCAAGUUAAUCCGCCGCAUUGCGAGGAGUUGAUCGAGGCCUCCUUGCUGCACAUCGACAAAUUGCUCACCGAUACCAUGGAGCCCUUAAGCUUUAUUGUAUUUCUACCGGAGUGGAAGAGCAUAUCCAAGCUGGACGAGAGCAUGUACAAGCGUCGUUCCAUGGUGGUCCUCGGCAUGGCUCACGAAUACAGGCAUGGCUACCAGCACAUGAUGCAAAAAUCCGAAGUGCUGAUCAAGUGCAUGCAGGGCACCCAGGUUGUGUGGCUGCAAAACAGCGCCGGUUAUGCGCGCUGGGGUCCCAACGAAAUUCGUGUGGAGGCUCUGCGCGAGGCGUUCCGGCCGCAGCGCGAUAGAGAACGUGAACGUGCCGCCGUUGCAGCCGCUGCCGCUGGCGUAAAUCCCAGCCAGCAGCAAUCGCAGCCAACGGCUACCACGCCGCCAACCGCUGCAUCCUCGUUGGCCCCGACAACAACCACCUCGAGUACGAACAGCAACAGCUCUACCGCAGCUAUUACAACGAGUAGUCCCAUACCGGGCUCCACUUCAUCCACGCUGUCGCCUCUGUCUCCUCACACGCCCACCAGUAAUCCGCCGCCCCAGUUCCCGUUGACCAUUAGCAAUACGAGCAGCAGCAGCAAUUUGGUGGCCGCCUCGCCCACCAUGAGUGUGCAAAGCGACUGUUCCUCGCCUUCGUCCUCGACCAUGUCCCUAUCGCCGGCUCCAGCUUCGGGCGGUUAUCCGGAUGGAGGGACAUCGGCCACAUCGGCGGCGGUGAGCAUUACGGCCACGGCGAGCACAUCAUCGGCUGCCGGUUCAGCCGGAUCAGCUUUUGGCCAGGCCAAUAGCAUCAGUAGUUCCGCCUCAACGCAGGCGGUCAUCAAUUCAGCCGUCUAGAGGGGGGGAUUUCGUUACCGUAGGGAUCCUUCUGCAAUCCAUUCAACGUGGUUCUAUUUUUUUCGAACGCAAUCUGUGCACUUUGGUCCAAGCACCACUACCAUACAUUGUGUUACCUUCUGUUAGCCUAAACUAGAGAUAUAUACGAGGAUGAAGCCAGCCGAUAUGGGGGUUAAUGUCUAAACACAGCGGCAAAUGAGUGUUUCUAUAUAUUUUAGAGUAAAGAAGAAAUGAGAUAUAUGAAACAAAGACAAUGCAAUAUCUUUUUUUAAAUUGGUUCUAUUAUUUAAAUACUUUUUUUUUUUAAUUCUUGCAGUUUUUGCACAUUUACACAUUGUUAGACUUUAAUUUUAAUUUUCAAAUGUACUCUCUCGGAAACUGAAUAAUUUUUUUAAAAUAAUUGAAAGUAAAAUAGUGCAAUUACAUUCAUUCCAAAGUCUUAAAAUGUCUUGUUAAUUACUUUUUUUCACUAAAAGAUAUUGUUUUCAAGCCUAAACAUUUGCUGCUGGUACGUAUUUGUAUUGCCCCCAAUCGCAAUGUUAAAAGUAAUUGUAAAUAUGUUAUAUUUAAGUUGAAAUAGAUGAUAAAUCCCGGCCAGGCCGCUGUAACGACGUGUAUAUCCCACAAAGAAAACAAGAUGGGCCAAUUAAAAACCCAAAAAAAGACUCACAAAUAUGAUACAUACUUAGUAUGGGCAAAUAUCUUAUAAUAAUAAGAUGCAUAGCAAAGCAAUUUAUGUCGCUAUUCAUCUGGUUAUUAUAAGGUCUUUGGCAUGGGUCCUGGGUAAGGUUCCCCUAUGUUCUCUAUCCUUGUUUUCCACUUGCUAAACAGAAAAUAAUUAAGAACAAGCAAAUCUAAAAUAAAAACCACACAUUUUUUAAACGAACUCUGAAUGAUGAAGCCCUUAACAAUCUUUUGUGAGACUAUUAACUUGCUAGGAUAUAUAUAAUAUUUACUUUAAACAAAUUACGGCAAUUAUUUGAAUACUAUCGUAAAUUAUCGUAUGUACAAAAUCGAUAAACAACUAACGUAAGUAGAGAAGCAAAUUCAAAAAUAAAAACGAUUUAAAUACGGAAAGCGCAGAGAACCAAAUUUGUAUUUAAAAACAAAUAACAAACCAAGAAAAAAUCAUAACUACGCACCGCACAAUAAACAAAAAUUAUAAAUAUAUAUAAAUUAAAAAUCAUUCAGGAACGGUAGCCUCAGUGUGUGUUUAAAGUUCUCAAUAAAGUUUAUAAUAAUAUUUUCCAACUUAUAAACUCUUUUGAGAACUCCGCUCUGAGGAGAAGUUCUUAAACUAAAACUAAAGGGAAUUUAGCCAAUUUAUAGAAAGUAGCACUCGGCAAAAAACAAAAUUUUUAGAAACCAAUUAAACGUCUAAGUCAAAAUUUAUUAACUAAAAACGAUAUGCUAUCCACACCACCAACCCCGUAUGUAUGUAUCGAUACAAGAACUAAACACACAAAAAAUAAGCAUUUUUGCGCUUAAUUAAACAGUUUCUUUCAAUUCAAA